AUGUCAAUUCUUGGAAGUGUCAGAAGUUGUUGUAUUCAUACUUCAUUAGUUAGCAAAAAGCUUGUUAUUUUUGUAAUUUCGCAUGUUGGAUUAUGUUUUCUUGUAGCUGUUUAUGCUGUAUUAGGUGCAUUUAUGUUUCGAGCAAUUGAAUAUCAAGAAGAACAAAAAUUUCAAGGACAUAUUGCAAAUGAUACUUGGGAAUUAGUACAUCGUCUUUAUGAAUAUAUUGAAAAAAGUGAAGUAAUUAGAGAGGAUGAUUUAAAAAGAGAAGCACAUAAACUUUAUAAAGAAUAUGAACAAAAACUUGUAUUUGCAUUUUCUGGUGCUUUACUUUAUUCCAUUACUGUAUUUACAACUAUUGGUUACGGACAUAUUUGCCCCAAAACUCCAUUGGGACGUGGAUUAACAAUUAUUUACGCAACAUUUGGAAUUCCUUUAAUGCUUUUAUGUUUAGCAAAUAUUGCUGAAAGUUUAGCACAAGUCUUUACCUUUUUAUAUUUUAAAGUCUGUUGUGCCUAUUGUCGUUGGCAAGCAGAAAGACAUAGAGUUAAAUGUCAAUCACUCACAAUUAGAUAUCACCCAAAUGCCCCCGUAAAUGUUCGGAGAGUUCAUUCCGGUCGCGCGGCAACUCGCCGAUUUAAUUCGAUGUUGGCCCGUAAUGCUAGUUUAAGCAUUAGAGGUGGACGUGGAGGAGGAGGUGGAGGGGAUACAAAGAGUAUUAAAUCUUGGAAGUCUUUUCAUACUGAUAAAGGAGGAAUUAGAAAGUCAAGUUUUGGAAGAAUACCAGCCUUACAGCAAGAGGAAUUGUUACUUAAAAAGAAUACCUUUUUACAUGGACGUGUUCAAAAAAGGCAAAUAGCAGUAACUCAUUUAAACGGGGGAGAGCAGCCUUAUUUAAUUGGGGAACAACCUCCUCUACCCCCUUCCUCCCCUUUUGUUGUAAAGAUGCCAUCUUCAAUGAGUUCAUCAAGUUGUUCUUACGAAAGACGAAAACAAAAAAUUGGAGGGCCUAGAAGUGCAGCAACAACUUUUGGAUUAGGAAAAUGUUGUCGUCAAAAAGGUGGAAGUAGUCGAGGAGGAGCAGGAGCAAAUGUUGGUUCUUUAAUUCGAAAUAAACGUUUAAAAAAUGGAGAAAAUGAAGAAAAUGUUAACAAACCUUCAACCCCUUUCCCAACUAAUAGACAACAACAAUUACCUAAAAUUAGGGUUAUUAAUAAUGUAAAUAAUAAUGGAGAAUUUAAACAAAAUAAAUUAUCAGCAAUACAAUCAAACGAUGAAGAAGAACUACAAAAUGAUGAAGAUGAAAAAGAGGAAUUAAAAAAGAAAUAUCCUUUAAAUUUAAAGGAAUUGGAAGAGGAGGAAGGUGAAGGGGAAGGGGAAGAAUAUUUAAAUAAUUUAAUUGAAAAUAAUAACAAAAUAAAAAUAAUUAAUAAACAACAACAAAAUAGACCAGAUUCAACAACAAUAACAGAACUUUCUAUUGUUAGAAGUUUAAGUCAAAAAGAGCAAAGUGAAGGUGGGGGGUCUUCAAAUAAAAGACUCGAAAUUAGAUCACUUCGAAGUGAUUCAGAAUCACUCCGUUCAAGACGUAUCGGUAUCGGGCAAGGAGGGACCAUUCCAAGCAAUCCAAGUAUGGGUGGUGGUGGAAUUCACAGAGAAAAGAUGCCCGUUUCUGUUGGAAUAAUUACUGUAAUUUUAUUUAUUGCUGGGGGAGCUGUUCUUUUUUCAAUUUGGGAGGAUUGGAAUUUUUUCGAUGGAGCUUAUUAUUCUUUUAUAACCCUAAGCACAAUUGGAUUUGGAGAUAUAGUGCCUGGACAGUCAUUGGAUGAAGGCUCCCAAGAAAAAUUAAUUGUUUGUGCUCUUUAUUUACUUUUUGGUAUGGCAUUAAUUGCAAUGUGUUUUAAAUUAAUGCAAGAUGAUGUAGUUCAAAAAGCUAGAUGGUUGGGACAAAAAAUUGGAAUAAUUGUUCGAGAAGAUUUUGGAAGUGAUGAAUCAGAAUUUGAUGAAGAUAUAAUAAUUGGGGAAGAAGAAGAUUUUGGUGGAGGUUUAUUUACUAGAACAACAAAUGAGGGGGGAAAUGAAAUUUUAAUGGAAGAAUUUAAUAAUGAAAUAAAAAAACCUUUGAAAAGAAAAAUUAUUUUGGAGGAAGAGGAGGAGAGAGAUAAUAAUGGAAUUGUGGAUGAAGAGGAUUUACUUAGUGUGAAAACUGAUCAGGAAAAAGUAACAUUAUCGACUAGUUCAUCAGCUGCAGGCAAUAAUAGCCCAAAACUUAAUGCUAAACAUCAAAGACGACAACAACAACAGAAGAGGGGAGGAUGUCCAACUGGAAAAAUACCAAAAACAAUUCCAACACAAAAUCCAAAUAAAUUAAGAAAAAGAAUGCUUUAA